CCAAACUCACCACUUGACUAGUAAGCAAAAACUGCUGCAAAGCUAGCCAUGGACGAGCUGUUUGUUCAGUUGCUGUUGCUCUCGGCCGUGGCCGUGGCGCUGCUGCAGCUGCUGAAGCGGGCCCUGACGAAGCGGGCCGGGCCGAGGGCGCCCCCGGGCCCGUGGAAGCUGCCGGUGAUCGGCAACAUGCACCAGCUGGUGAACGUGCUGCCUCACCGCGCGCUGCGGGACCUGGCCGAGGCGCACGGCCCGCUGAUGAUGCUGCAGCUGGGCCAGACGCCGCUGGUCGUGGCGUCGUCCAAGGAGACGGCGCGGCAGGUGCUCAAGACCCACGACACCAACUUCGCCACGCGGCCCAAGCUGCUCGCGGGCGAGAUCGUGGGCUACGAGUGGGCCGACAUCCUCUUCUCCCCCUCCGGCGACUACUGGCGCAAGCUCCGCCAGCUCUGCGCCGCCGAGAUCCUCAGCCCCAAGCGCGUGCUCUCCUUCCGCCACAUCAGGGAGGACGAGGUAAGGAUGCGUGUGGAGGAGAUCCGCCUGGCGGGGCCAUCGGCGGAGGUGAACCUGAGCGCGAUGUUCCACGGGCUGACCAACAGCAUCGUGUCGCGGGCAGCGUUCGGUAAGAAGCGGGCGAACGCGGCGGAGUUCAUGUCCGCCAUCAAGGCCGGCGUGGGCCUCUCGAGCGGCUUCAACAUCCCGGACCUCUUCCCGACGUGGACGACCCUGCUGGCCACCGUCACCGGCAUGCGGCGCAGCCUCCAGGGCAUCCACACCACGGUCGACGCCAUCCUCCAGGAGAUCAUCGACGAGCGCAACGGAAUCCGUGGGGAGAAGAUCAGGACCGGCGAUGCCGAGAACAACGUCGACGAGAACCUCGUGGACGUGCUCAUCGGCCUGCAGGAGAAAGGCGGCUUCGGGUUCCACCUCGACAACAGCAAGAUCAAGGCCAUCAUUUUGGACAUGUUCGCGGGCGGGACGGGGACGUCGGCGUCGGCCAUGGAGUGGGGGAUGUCGGAGCUGAUGCGGAACCCGGCGGUGAUGAAGAAGCUCCAGGGACAAAUCCGCGAGGCGUUCAUGGGGAAACCCGUGGUGACAGAAGCGGACUUACAGGCGAGCAACCUCCGGUACCUGAAGCUGGUGAUCAAGGAGGCACUGCGGCUGCACCCGCCGGCGCCGCUGCUGGUGCCCCGUGAGAGCAUCGAGGCGUGCGAGCUCCAAGGGUACGCGAUCCCGGCCAAGGCGCGGGUCAUCGUCAACGCCUGGGCCAUCGGGCAGGACCCUAAGUACUGGGAGGCGCCCGAGCAGUUCUGGCCGGAGCGGUUCGAGGACGGUGCCGUGGACUUCACCGGGGGAAGCUACGAGUUUCUCCCCUUUGGGUCGGGAAGGAGGAUGUGCCCCGGGUUUAACUAUGGGCUGGCUAGCAUGGAGCUCGCCCUCGUCGCCUUGCUCUACCACUUCGACUGGGCGCUCCCGGAGAGUGUCGCCGAGGUGGACAUGGAGGAGGCGCCCGGGCUCGGCGUGCGCCGCCGCUCGCCGCUCAUGCUCCGUGCCACGCCCUUCGUGCCGACGGCUUGAUAUAUAUCCACGCGCGUGGAAUUGUCCCUGCGCGCCCGGAUGCAUCGCGUCGCGGCUAUGCGUACGCUAAUAAGUUGGUUUGCAUCCUGCAUGUGCAUGCAUGCUGGGUUUUCGUACUUACGGCCGGCCGGAUCGACCUUAUACGUGCCAUGCAUGUGUAUGUUUCCCCACUGUACGUAUAAUUUAUCGCGCUCUGUUGUCUACGUACGUAGUAACAGUAGUAUCUGUAUCUUAUACGGAGUAAUAUCAGUGUGUAACGUACAGGACUUUAUAUUGUACGAUAUUUUCUCCGUUCUAAAUACUUGUCAAAUAUUUAGUGACGGAGGAAAUACGUACGAUGAAAAAUAAUA